AUGGUUCACAUCCUGCAAGCUCCGCACAACCCAGCAGCUUCUUGCGUGGAAGAUGCCCCAGGGAGGGCAUUUCCGCAGAUGGAGGUCCGCUUUGACGACGUGUCCAUUUCAAUUGAUAUCGUGGUCAAGGACGAGGCCAACACCAAAGCGGAACUCCCCACACUCCCCAACGAAGUCGCCAAAGCAAUCCGAGGCUUGGGCGCCACGAAGCACACGAUCAAGAAAAGCAUCCUCAAGAACGCCAGCGGUAUCUUCAAACCGGGUACGAUCACGUUGGUGCUUGGUCAGCCUGGAUCGGGCAAGUCGUCCCUCUUGAAGCUGCUCAGUGGUAGGUUCCCGGUCGAGAAGAACGUGACUAUGGAGGGCGAUGUGACGUACAAUGGAGCACCAGCCAACGAGUUGCAAGAGCGACUGCCGCAGUUUCGCAGAAUCGCCAAGGGCUUUUCCAAGACGGUGGUGAUUUCUCUGCUGCAGCCUUCGCCUGAGGUGUUCGCGCUGUUUGACGAUGUGGUGAUUCUGAACGAAGGCCACAUAGUUUACCAUGGCCCACGCCAGGAAGCAUUGGGGUACUUCGAGAGCUUGGGCUUCAAGUGCCCCCCAUCCCGAGAUGUCGCUGAUUUCCUGCUCGAUCUCGGCACCGACAAGCAGGCGCAGUACGAAGCAAAUUUGAUUCCAUCCAGCAACGUCCCUCGUACGGGCAGCGAGUACGCCGAUGCCUUCACGCGCUCAGCCAUCUAUGAGCGUAUAAUUGGGGAGCUCCGCAGCCCCGUCCACCCGAGCGCGCAACACAUUGACCACAUCAAGCUCACCCGACGCGAUACUGCCUUCCUCGUCGGCCGCUCCAUCAUGGUGAUCUUGAUGGCGCUGUUGUACUCGAGUUUGUUCUACCAGCUUGAGGCUACAAACGCUCAACUGGUUAUGGGCGUCCUCUUCAACACGGUAUUGUUCACGUCGGUUGGUCAGCUCACUCAGAUCCCGGUGUUCAUGGCUGCUCGAGAGGUAUUCUACAAGCAGCGUCGGGCCAACUUCUUCCGGACCACGUCGUUCGUGCUGUCCAACUCAGUCAGUCAGCUUCCGUUGGCUAUCGCUGAGACUCUCGUGUUCGGCUCGAUCGUGUACUGGAUGUGCGGCUGUGCAUCGACUCCGGAGAUUUUCGUGCUGUUUGAGCUGGUGAUCUUCUUGGCAAACUUGACCUUCGCGGCGUGGUUCUUCUUCCUCUCGUGCGCUUCGCCCGACUUGAACGUGGCGAACCCGAUCUCGCUCGUCUCCAUCCUCUUGUUUAUCGUGUUCGGCGGCUUUGUCAUCACGAAGAUCCCGGUCUACCUGCUAUGGCUGUACUGGCUUAACCCCAUGUCGUGGAGCGUUCGCGCGCUCGCGGUCAAUCAAUACACCACUGCAAGCUUCGAUACCUGCGUCUUCGACGGUGUUGACUACUGCAUGAGCUACGGCAUGACCAUGGGCGAGUACUCGCUAACCACGUUCGAGAUACCAACGGAGAAGUUCUGGUUGUGGUACGGCAUCGCUUUCAGGAUAGCUGCGUACUUCUGCUUCAUGGUGCUUUCGUACAUCGCACUGGAGUAUCACCGCUUCGAGAGCCCCGUGAACGUAAUGGUCACAGUAGAUAAAUCUACUGAGCCCACCGAUGACUAUGGCCUUAUCCAUACCCCACGCAGCGCGCCGGGUAAAGAUGAUAUCCUGCUGGCCGUCGGCCCCGACAGGGAACAGCUCUUCAUCCCCGUCACCGUAGCGCUCAAGGAUCUCUGGUACUCGGUUCCAGACCCAAUUAACCCCAAAGACACCAUCGACUUGCUCAAAAACGUCAGUGGCUACGCGUUGCCUGGGACUAUUACGGCGCUCAUGGGCUCGUCGGGAGCAGGGAAGACUACACUGAUGGACGUUAUAGCUGGACGCAAGACGGGAGGCAAAAUUCGAGGUCAGAUCCUGCUAAAUGGCCAUCCGGCGACCGCCUUGGCCAUUCAACGAGCCACAGGCUACUGCGAGCAAAUGGACAUCCACUCCGAGUCGGCGACAAUUCGCGAAGCCCUGACUUUUAGUGCGUUCUUGCGCCAGGGUGUCAAUGUACCGAGCAGCUACAAGCACGACUCAGUGAACGAAUGUCUGGACCUGUUGAACCUGCACGCGAUCACCGACCAGAUCAUCCGCGGUAGCUCCGUCGAGCAGAUGAAGCGGCUCACAAUUGGCGUUGAGCUAGCAGCGCAGCCCAGCGUUUUGUUCCUGGAUGAACCCACAAGCGGACUGAACGCAAGCUCCGCUAAGCUCAUUAUGGACGGCGUACGCAAAGUGGCGGACACUGGGCGCACCGUGGUGUGCACGAUCCACCAGCCCUCGCCCGAGGUCUUCAGCGUAUUCGACAGCUUGCUACUGCUGAAGCGCGGGGGUGAGACGGUCUUCGCGGGCGACCUGGGCAACAAUGCGAGCGAAAUGAUCGCGUACUUCGAGUCGAUUGACGGUGUGGCCAAGCUCAAGGACAACUACAAUCCAGCCACGUGGAUGCUGGAGGUCAUCGGAGCUGGAGUCGGCAACAGCAACGGUGACACGACAGACUUUGUGAGGAUCUUCCAGACUAGCAGGCACUUCGAGCUGCUGCAGUUGAAUCUCGACCGUGAGGGAGUAUCAUAUCCAUCGCCGUUAAUGCCUCCGCUGGAAUAUGGCGACAAACGCGCUGCGACGGAGUUGACUCAGGCGAAGUUCCUGCUGCAUCGAUUUUUCAACAUGUACUGGCGCACGGCGUCGUACAACCUGACGCGAUUCUGCCUCAUGUUGAUGCUAGGAUUGAUCUUCGGGGUCACGUACAUUAGCGCGGAGUACAGCUCGUACGCGGGGAUCAAUUCGGGCAUGGGGAUGCUGUUCUGCACGACGGGCUUCAUUGGUUUCGUGGGGUUCAUAAGCGUUGUCCCAAUAUCUUCCACUGAUCGAUUGGCGUUCUACCGUGAGCGCUCAUCGCAGUGCUAUAAUGCGCUCUGGUACUUCGUCGGCUCCACCGUCGUCGAGAUCCCGUACGUCUUCUUCGGCACGCUGCUGUUCAUGGUGCCGUUCUACCCGAUGGUCGGGUUCACGGGCGCCGCGAGCUUCUUCGCGUACUGGUUCCACCUGUCGCUGCAUGUGCUCUGGCAGGCCUACUUCGGCCAGCUCAUGUCGUACUUGAUGCCGUCCGUGGAGGUGGCGCAGGGCUACGCGUGGCUGUACCGCAUCACACCGCACAGAUACGCGCUUGGGAUCGCGGCGUCCAUCGUGUUCGGAGACUGUCCGAGCGAUGGCGAUGGCUCCAGCAUUGGCUGCCAGACUCUGACGGGGCUGCCCCCUUCGCUGCCCGACAACAUGACGGUGCAAGAGUACCUGGAGGUCGUCUUCAACGUGAAGCACAGCGAGAUCUGGGAGGACUUCGGCUUCACUAUGGGCUUCAUUGCGCUCUACCGACUACUGGGACUUCUCGCUCUGCGCUACGUCAACCACCAGAAGAGCACCAUGUCGUUCUUAGAGCACGAGUGCAGUGUGUCGCUCGCGGCGGCGCUGGCCUUCCUGGACGAGUCUCUGGACGCCGCCGACGGGCCCCAGCUGACGCCUCGCACUCUUGGCUCCUCUGCGGCCGUGCUGCCGUCCCCUCGAGCCUCGAUCCCCGACCCGGAGCUGCUCUUGGAGGCGCUGGACGAGGACGACGAGACCAUUACCACCACGAUCGUGCCGGCGGCUUCCAGCUCCAGCUCCAAGUCCAAGUCCAAGAAGCAGCCCAAGACGUCCCGUGCCACGAAGAAGAAGAAGCUCAACUAUGACCCGAACAAGGCGCGCAACGAGCGGCGCUUCGAGCUCGCGUGUCUGAGGAAGGAGGUGAAGGACCUGGAGCUGACGCUCGAACAGUUGCAGAGCAUGCAGGGCAACGAAGAAGGCUCCAAAAGUGUAAAGCGGCCACGACAGCUAGUGCCGCGCACCUCCGGGGGCAGCGGCAUGUCGGCCGUGUGGGAGCAGAUCUGUGCCCACCAGUUGGAGCGGCGGCUGAGGGUCGAGAGGGAGAAUAUCCACCUCAAAAUGAUGUACAAGAGUCAGGUUCAAGUGGCCAAGAGCAUCGAGAAGCUGCUGCAGAAGAGGCUGGCGCUGCAAGAGUCGACGUACUCGGAGGUGAGCAAGCACACGAGUCGCAUCGAGGUGCCGCAGGGCUACAACACGGAGGAGAACCAGAAGAUCUUCGAGGAGCUAUCGACUGGGGUGGAGGCGUCGUACCGAGAGGUGGAGGCGGUGUUCGAUGAGCAUUACCCUGGGCGGACGCAACUCCCGACGAAGGAGCCGCUACUGCGUGACAGCGUCAACGGCAAGUACAUGGAGCUGUUCGACAACAAGAUCAUGCCGUUCGAUAUGAGGUCGACCGGUGACGCGUGGUGGAGGCGGUGGCAUAACUACAAGGGCCACUGCGCACACGAGAAUGGACCUAACAACACCAUUGUGGAGAAGUUUGGACUGGAGAUGAAGGACGUCAAGACACGCACGACUGCCACAUUCUACGUGCAGCAGAUUCUGAAGCGGCAUGUGGAGGAACGACGCAUUGUCAUCGUGUGGCACGCGCACAUCAAGCCGCUCGAGUUCGAGAAGAAGCCGGCCAACGGCGUCCACUAUCUGGAGAAGGGGUACGUGCUGAUUAAGCCCCAUAUCACGGAGACCCCAAUGGAGCAGGAUGAGGCUGCAACGCGUGUUAUGACCUGCUACAUCAUCACACCGCACUUGUCGAACCGGAAGCUACGGACAGACGCUAGAACCACUGCGCUGACCGAUUUCGUGCUCAGCGCGACGUCUGCGAAUAUUUCCAUGAGCAACGAGAUGAUCGAGAAUCUGCUGGUCGACCGAGCAAUGAAACGGGCGAAGGCGAGAGAACAAUCAUGA